AUGUCCGCCGCCUCGCGCGCCAUGCUGGGCAAGGUCCGCAAACUCGUACCUCCCAUGCUGGAGAAAUUCCACAAGGGACAGCUAGGCCGAGUUGCUGUCAUUGGCGGCAGCGCCGAUUAUACAGGAGCACCGUACUUCUCGGCCAUGGCGUCGGCACGACUGGGCUGUGAUCUAUCCUACGUCUUUUGCGAACCCUCUGCGGCGCAGACCAUCAAGUCUUAUUCACCCAACCUCAUGGUGUCCCCAAUCCUCCGAUCUACUGCUUCGAUAUCCCAGGCACAGAAAGAGAAGGAGCCGACUGGUGAAGAGUUGGCCAAGCCAAUCCUAGACAUGCUGCCACGUCUGCAUGUGCUCGUCAUCGGGCCCGGACUGGGAAGAGACAUCAUCACGCAGAAGCAGGUAAAAGCCGUGAUCACGGCAGCACGAAAGCAUGAUCCGCCUGUACCAAUGGUUUUGGAUGCGGACGCUCUAUGGCUUGUGCAGACAGACCCGGAUCUUGUCAAGGGUCACAAAGAAUGUAUCCUCACACCCAAUGUCGUUGAAUUUGGCCGACUUGCAAAGGCAGUAGGCACGGGCGAAGACAACAGCGAUCCAGCAAGAGCGUGCCAGAAUCUCUCCAAAGCCUUGGGCGGCGUAUGCAUCAUUCAGAAGGGUGCGGUGGACUACAUUUCUCAGGGUAUCGACACCACCAUCUCGGACUUCCAGGGUGGUCUGAAGCGAUCUGGUGGUCAAGGUGAUACUCUGACUGGCUCAUUGGGUACCUUCCUUGGAUGGCGAGAACUCUACCAUGAGGGACUGUGGGACGUCGGCCCCGAGAAAAUGAGUCGGGAGGAGACUCUCUUAGCUGUGGCAUUUGGAGGCAGUGCUAUCACGAGAGAGUGCUCGCGCCGUGCUUUUGCGAAGCGGCAGAGAAGUCUGCAAGCCAGUGAUCUCACUGAUGAGGUGCAUGACUCAUUUCUUACACUCAUUGGAGAGCCGGAAGAGCUGCCCAAGCUCUGA